AUGAACUCAGUCACCAAUAAGGAUAGGCAGCUGAUGGAAGAUCAAGCUUCGAGACAGAAAAGGAAGAUAAGGAGCUACGUCUUUUUCAUCAUCUUAUUCACGGUUAUCAUCGGUUCAAUCAUCACAGUUUCCAUGGCUCUCAUACAAGAAAAAGAGUCUGAGUUACUCUCCGCUUCAACUCCAGAUAGAGCAAUUCGUGCCAUCUGCAAUCUGACUCCAAAACCAACCUCAUGUUUUGACUCUAUAUGGUGCCUCCGCAUGAAUUUCUCCACCGAUUUAGGCGAGAUCAAGACCACCCCAUCAAGAAUUUUCACCCUCUCUCUCCGUGCUGCUAUCAAUCAACUAGAGGACUUGAUUUCAGCUAAUGAAAAGGCAAUCUCUGAGGUCAAAGAUUCAAGAACUUUGACAGCUUUGAAAGACUGCAAUGUCUUGUUCAAGGAUUCUUUAAGGCUUGUAAACGCGUCUGUGACAGCAAUGGGAGUCAAAUCUGAUGACAAAAUCUUUAAGGUCGCGAAAUCUGUUGACGACAUGAAUGAAUGGAUGUCAAACUCUGCUGCAACUAUAGACAAAUGUUUCCUUCUUCCUCUCAGUCACUCUGCUAAUAAGGCCUCCAAUAAUGAGCCUCCACUUUCUGCUGCUGACUUGCAUCGUCAAGAUAGUGCUGCGUCAUCCUUUUCCAACAAUAGCGUGAAGAGGGAGAGAGAGCUCGGUAGCAGCGAAGAGGUGGAGAUCGAGACAGUUUCCUCAAGAGUAAGUGACGAAGAUGAUGAUGGUUCUAAUGGAAGGAAGAAGCUUUGCCUCACAAAAGCUCAGUCUGCUCUUUUGGAAGAGAGCUUCAAGCAGCAUAGCACUCUCAAUCCGAUAACAUCUCUCUCUCUCUCUCUUUCUCUCUCUGUGGCUAGCUAGUUGAUUUAUUUUCACACGUAAUAGUAUAACAUUCCUUGCUCUUUUUUUUUUAACAUUUGAACAAUCAUUUCACAGGGCAAAUUAA